CGAGAAAAGAAGCGCGCGAGAUAGGAACUUGAGCGCGGACUAGUGUGUUGUCAGCAAUCCAGUGUACCUAGCCCAGCGACAAUUAGAUUUUUAGUUUUUACCAACGUGGAUUAUAUACGACAAAACAGACUUGCUCAUAUAAUAUAGUUUGUAAAUAUAUGCACGACGUUGGCAAAAAAAAUAUACAAUAUAUUUUAGUUAAGGGUGAUGGAGGUAAAGCAAAGGGAAAUGUCCUGGUGGUCGCGCGGAGAGGAUGGGGAGGAGGCAAUGUAUCAGGACACUGACUCUGACGUGGCUGAACAGAGAGACUGUGGAAAGGUCAAAGUGAAAUGGACACAAGAUGAGGAUGACAAUCUCAAAGCGUUGGUCCAAAACCGGGGGCCAAAUGACUGGAAAUACAUUGCCAGCAUUUUACCGAAUCGCUCAGAACACCAGUGCCAGCACCGCUGGUUGAAGGUUCUGGAUCCAGAUCUGGUCAAAGGGCCCUGGACCAAAGAGGAGGACGAGAAGGUGAUAGACCUGGUGAACAGGUAUGGCAACAAGCAGUGGGCUAUCGUGGCCAAGCACCUGAAGGGCCGGCUGGGGAAGCAGUGCCGAGAACGCUGGCACAACCACCUCAACCCGGACGUGAAGAAAUCCUCCUGGACAGCAGAGGAGGACCUCAUCAUCUACAAGGCCCACUGCAUGCUGGGAAACCGCUGGGCUGAGAUCGCCAAGCUGCUCCCCGGAAGGACAGAUAAUGCUGUGAAGAACCACUGGAACUCAACCAUCAAGCGUAAGGUUGAGAUGGGCUUCUACAGCAGGGUGGAUCCUUCUCUGAAAUGUCAGCAGAUGGAACCAGAGGAGAGCAUGGCCCACCACAGCAGAGAUCAGCAGAUGGACUAUGGUGGUUCUAUGGAGAGGGAACCAGACCAAGAUCCCACAUUGCCGGAGAAUGCCAAUACAUCCACUGUAAGAGGCGGACCGAAAGAAGCAGGCUUCCACAAGGCUGUCUCUCCUCAACAGUCAAAGACCCCCAAAAGUGAGCCAAACACCCCAGGAGGUGAACUGAAUACCAGUAGCUGGGUGGUGGACAGCUCAGGCUUCCUCUCUCCCAACGGCCCAGCCUUAAAAGAGGUGAUGGAGAUGGUGGAUGGGGACUUGGAUGGCUGGUGUAACAUGGCUGUCUUUGAUCUGCCCGAGGAGAGCCAGAGCCCAGAGCGGACCCAGUUCCGUCUGGAGGGCAGUGCCCUACAGGAACUCAGUAAGGGUAACCGGGGGGAGCUGAUCCCCAUCUCCCCUGGAGGAAUCACCCCACCUUCCAUACUCAACCGCCGCAGCCGCCGUCGCAUAGCUCUGUCCCCUGACUCCAACAACUCCAGGACCCCCAAGAGCACCCCGGUCAAGAUCCUGCCCUUCUCACCCUCACAGUUCCUCAACAUGUGGACCAAACAGGACAACUUUGAGCUGGAGAAUCCAUCUCUCACCUCUACGCCAGUGUGCAAUCAGAAGUCUGGGGUUACCACACCACUACACCGUGACAAGACUCCACUCACACAGAAGGAAAACUCUGUUUGCGCAUCCAAGCUGUACCCAAACUCAGUGUUCAUCACACCCAACCACAAGUCAAAUCUUGACACCACUCCACGGACUCCAACUCCAUUCAAAAAUGCCAUGGAGAAGUAUGGUUCUCUGCGACCAAUGCCUCAGACUCCGAAUGAGGAGGACUUGAAAGAGGUCCUCUUGAAAGAGGCUGGGAUUGAGCUGAUCGUGACGGAUGAGAGUCCACCUGAGCAAAGACGCAAGCAGGUGCAUCGACCUCCAAUGAAGAAAGUGCGUAAAUCUCUGGCUCUGGAUGUCAUGGACUGCAAAGAGAUAGUCACUGCGAGGCAUCAGUUCAUGAAGUCCGAGCCCAAAACCUUUUCUAAGGCUGAGAUGUCUCUCAACUCCUCGUCCUUUUGUAUGAAGACUGAAGAUAAAGAGGAUAAUGUUCUGGAUCAGGGCUUCUGUUUAGGACCCAGUGAGAGUGGUGCAUAUUUCAACCCAGUGCCCCCAACCCCAAUGUCCAAGGCAUGGGAAGCAGUGGUAUGUGGACGUACUAAGGACCAGCUCAUAAUGACAGAGAAAGCAAGACGUUACCUCCGUUUACUGAAAUCCCACGCUCCUAACCGGGCCCUCAUCCUGUCCUGAGCCCUCACUAACCUCGAUGUCCUCUGUGCAGACAUUUCCAUUGUGUUAAAUAUAGGGUUACAAAAUUCUGGUAACUUUCAAUUAAUUGCCUGGUUUUUCCAAAAUCUCGUUUCCUCAAACCAUGAUUUCUAGAAAACCAGGGAAUUUAUUGAAAGUUCCCGAAAUGUUGCAACCCUAGUUAAAAAACUCCCCCGUGUCGAUGUAUUCAGCGCCCUUGACUUUUUCCACAUUUUGUUACGUUACAGCCUUAUUCUAAAAUGGACUAAAUCGUUUCCCCCCUCAAUCUACACACAAUACCCCAUAAUGACAAAAAAUAUAUACCACAUUUACAUAAGUA